AUGUCCGAAGCACAAAAUAAAAAAGCAACUGAGGAACUUGUGUCCAAUUUUCAGAUAAGCAAGCUUCUACAGCAAGAUCAAAAUGGUCGGCGUAUGACGCUUCUUGGAUCAAUAGAUGAGAAGCAGGGUAUAAUGACUGUGGAGCGAGCCGCAUUUGCAACGGAGUCCUUGGAAGUGAUUCGGGCAUUCCAGGCCGCCAUCGCGCGGAUCAAUAAUCUGGGUGACAAUGAUAUCUAUCGAUGGUAUCUCGCGUCUUCAAAUGUUGUUAGCGGCAGCGAAGACUCAAACAAGUCUUCUGGUCUCCAACAUGACCUCAAAAUAAACUUGAUCUGGCCAUGCUCGGAACAACAUAUCAAGAAAUAUUCAGCCCAGCAAGUUCGCAUGGUGACUGAGACUCCCAAGAUCUACAAAGAACAUGUCAGACCCUAUAUGCAAGCCAAGCGUGAGGAAGGCCGCUUAAACUGGGUUUUCAAUAUCCUUGAGGGUCGGACUGAGCAGGAAGAUGUCAUUUUACGUGAUGCUGGCCAAGGCCCCGAAGACGGGUUCUUGAUGUUGCCGGAUCUGAACUGGGAUAGAAAAACCUUGAACUCACUCCAUCUCCUCGCUCUGGUAGAUCGACGAGAUAUUUGGAGUCUUCGGGAUCUUCAGAAACGCCAUGUUCCAUGGCUGAAUUACUUACGGCAACGUGUGCUAGAGGCUACAGUGUCGAUGUACCCUGGCUUAGAGCAGGACCAGCUCAAGCUUUACGUUCAUUACCAACCCACAUACUACCAUUUCCAUAUCCAUGUGGUCAAUGUCAUGCUGGAGGCUGGUGCUACCCAGUCUACUGGAAAAGCCUUUGGCUUAGAGAACCUGAUUUCUCAAUUAGAUACUAUGCCUGGGGGUGAAUAUGUCAGUAUGGCCGAUGUGAGCUUGACUUACUACCUUGGUGAGGCAAAUGAGCUGUGGACUAGAAUAUUUAGCCCACUGAAGCAGGGACUCCAGCCUGCAUCUACUGACUAA